AUGGCAGAAUCACUGCUUCUCCCUUUGGUGCGCGGUGUGGCUGGCGAGGCCAUUGGCACGCUGGUCCAGACUGUGACCCGCAUGUGCGGCCUCGACGAUGACCGAGAAACGCUGGAGCGCCAUCUCCUUGCCAUCGAGUGCAAGCUGGUCAACGUGGAGGAAAGGAGCCAGACAAACGGCUACAUCAAGAGCUGGAUGGUGAAGCUCAAGGCCGCCGCCUACAAGGCCGAUGACGUCCUUGACGACUUUGAGUACGAGGGGCUGCGCCGCAAAGCCCAGAUCGGUGAGUCCACUUCCCGCAAGGUACUCGGCUACAUCACGCUCCAUAGCCCGCUGCUCUUCCGUUUUGCCAUGAGCCGGAAGUUGAAGGGAGUCCUCAAUAAGAUCAAGGAGCUGGUUGUGGAGAUGAACACGUUUGGCCUUGAGAAUUCUGUCAAUCAGCAGGAGCCACUACAUCCUUGGCGACAGACACACUCCAAACUGGAUGAGUCUGCCGAGAUGUUUGGAAGAGAUGCUGACAAGGAGGGGAUAGUGAAGUUGCUGCUAGACCAGCAAGAUCAGCGGAAGGUGCAGGUGCUGCCCAUCUUUGGCAUGGGAGGUCUUGGCAAGACGGCACUUGUUAAGAUGGUGUACAAUGACCAAGGCGUCCAGCAACAUUUUCAGUUGAAGAUGUGGCACUGCGUGUCAGAAAAUUUUGAUGUAAUUGCUAUUGUGAAAUCCAUCAUUGAAUUGGCUACAAAUGAAAGAUACAACCCGCCUGACAGCAUUGAGCUAUUGCAGAAGAAACUUGAUGAAGUCAUUGGCCGGAAAAGAUUUUUUCUUGUUCUUGAUGAUGUCUGGAAUGAAGAGAAGACGAUAUGGGAGGAUAAUUUGAAGCCACUGUUAUGCUCCAUCGGUGGAAUAGGAAGUGUUAUAGUUGUGACAUGUCGAAGCGAGCAAGUGGCCACUAUAAUGUGCACCAUUCAGCCCCUUAAGUUAGCAUGUCUACGUGAAGAAGAUUCAUGGGAAUUGUUCUCGAAGAAAGCAUUUAGCAGUGAUAUAGUGGAGCAAGCAGAGUUGGCCACCGUUGGAAGACGUAUUGUCAAUAAAUGUGGGGGGUUGCUCUUGCUCUGA